AUGCUGCGAGCUGUUGACAACUCUGUCCCUCCAGACUCCUGCGCUGGUGCGGGUUUACCAGGGAGCCACAGCCCCGUCGCCUCCUCCCGUCACGCAGUCCGUGCCACCGUCACGCUGUCUGUGCCGCCGCAUCCUGCGCUCCCUCGCUGCCAGACGUCGGAGAUCUCAGAGCUUUGCGGUCGCCAGCGAGGGCAGGCCCCGUCCUCCGUCCGCACGUUGGUCUCAGCGUUGUUUUUCCAGCUGGAGCGGCUGUGGCAGACGCAGCCGACCUUCCUGGUGGAACUCUCCCGAGUGCUGGCAAACCCCGGCAACAGCCAAGUUGCCCGCGUGGCGGCCGGCUUGCAGAUCAAGAACUCGCUGACGUCCAAGGACCCCGACAUCAAGGCCCAGUACCAGCAGAGAUGGCUCGCGAUCGACGCCAACGCCCGCAGGGAAGUCAAGAACUACGUUUUGCAGACGCUGGGUACCGAAACGUACAGGCCCAGCUCGGCCUCCCAGUGCGUGGCCGGCAUCGCCUGCGCUGAGAUCCCCAUGAACCAGUGGCCUGAGCUCAUUCCCCAGCUGGUAGCGAACGUUACGAAUCAGCACAGUACGGAGCACAUGAAAGAGUCGACGUUGGAGGCCAUCGGAUACAUCUGUCAGGACAUCGAACCAGAGCAGCUUCAGGACAAAUCCAACGAGAUCCUGACAGCCAUCAUCCAGGGAAUGAGAAAGGAAGAGCCCAGCAACAAUGUGAAGCUAGCAGCUACUAAUGCACUCCUGAACUCUUUGGAAUUCACCAAAGCAAACUUUGACAAAGAGUCUGAAAGGCACUUUAUUAUGCAAGUAGUCUGUGAAGCAACGCAGUGUCCAGAUACAAGGGUACGAGUGGCUGCCUUACAGAAUUUGGUGAAGAUAAUGUCCCUUUAUUAUCAGUAUAUGGAGACAUACAUGGGUCCUGCGCUUUUUGCUAUAACUAUUGAAGCAAUGAAAAGUGACAUAGACGAGGUGGCUCUGCAGGGAAUAGAGUUCUGGUCAAACGUCUGCGAUGAGGAGAUGGACCUGGCCAUAGAGGCCUCUGAG